GAUUUUGUCAUCAAGAAUGUGCAUCCUUCUUAUGCUUAUUAUAUUGGACUGUCAGAUCCAGAGGGUCAGAAUCACUGGCAAUGGGCUGAUCAGACACCAUACAACCAAAGUGCCACAUUCUGGCACCCAGGUGAGCCCAGUGACAUCAAGGAGCGUUGUGUUCUGCUAAAUUACAGAGCAUAUGAUAUAUCCUGGGGCUGGAAUGAUGUCCUUUGUGAUGGAGCUCAGAGAUCAGUUUGUGAGAUGAAGAUCUACUUAUGAAUCAACCAUUGUUCAUGCACAUGUGGUUAGACUGGCAUCCAUCAUUAUAGAGAUAGCUCACAAGUCUUUUAUGUGUAAGAGAUGUCCUUAGAAUUUUAAGUAGGCAGUCAACUCUUCUUAUGAGAACAUUGGCCCUCACAUUUGCUUGUUUAUUCAUUCAUUUGCUCAUUCAUAAAAUGAGCUUUUAUUGAGCACUUUAUGAGCCAGAGACUCUAGAAGAUACUUUUUGUGCUCACAUGGAAGGCACCUGAGACUCUGUUCUAAUUUCUGCCUGAUUGCUAAGGGUUUAUUUCACUGAUAUAAUUCUAUAAUGGGGUUCUUCUACCUCUCUGUAUUUUCUCUUUUUUCCUCCUUUCACUUUAUUGAUGAAUAAUUAACAAAUAAUAUGCAUCUAUUUAAGCUAUAACAUGAUAAUUUGAUAUACAUGUAUUGUGAAAUGAUACCUUAAUGAAGUUAGUAAAAUCAUCCAUUA